GCCACCCAAGAUAUUCACGUGGGGGUCAGUCUCUCAAUAUCGAUCAUGUCGGAUACGAGUGUCGUCGCUGCGCCGCCCAAGGCGCCGCCGCCAUUGGCACGCUAUGCCAGAUCGACGACUCACCAAGGCUUGAACUUCUGCAGCGGCAUCGCUGCCAUAAGCGACGUCCAGUCCUCCGAUAACCAUGCAACUGCGUUUGUAAAGAGAUCUCGAUACGUCUUGGAUAGCCUCCGAUCGGUUCUCGAGGAGGUUGGGAGCGGCUUGGAUCGCGUCCUGAAAGUGAACGUCUAUUUAACCAGCAUGGAGGACUAUGCCGACUUCAAUGAAGUCUGGGACGAGUAUUUCACUCAAGAUCAAAAGCCAGCUCGGACUUGCGUCGUAGUCCACCAACUCCCCCGAGGUGCGGACGUGGAGAUUGAGGCCACAGCUUUCACGGCAUAG